AGGGCUGGGUCUCGGUCCCCUGGAAUGUGCACUAGGGGCACUGAACCAGCCAGCCGUCAGUGGCAGGAUAGCUAGAACGUCUCUCGCCUUCUCCCGCUCUUGUAUGCAACUGCCUCGGUGCGUUUCUGCUCGGCCUUGAGGAGGGGUGUUUAUUUAUAUGCAGGAAAUCAGCAAAGGGCUACACACCUACAUGCUUAUCUAGAUAGGCAAUAAGGCCUGGUCGCGAAAAGGGUGAUAAUUCGUCCGAAGCUCGACUCCUGUUUGACACAACGGAGGUUUGUGCCACUCCUUUCUUUUCCUAGUGGCCUCAUUUUUCUCCUCUCUCUUUCUCGAACUCUCUUUCUCCUCUUCUACCAUACUUCCUCGCAAAGGAGCCAUACUCCCCCAACCAUGGCGAGAAGACAACACUUAUCGUUAAUGGUCCUGCUGGCCGUCGUGGUCUUCUUCAGCGUCUCGUACCUCUUCUCGAGCAGCACUAGCGAACCCUCAUCGCCUGCGCCGCCCGCUGUCGCUGCCGCCGCCAAAGGCGACUCUCCCGAGAGCGCCGACAUUCCCGACCUGGGUCACAUUUCUAGCAGCAUCCUCACUGGCGAUUCUAUAGCUCCGAAGUUAGAGAAUGCAACUGCAAAAGCCGAGCUUGGCCGCGCCUCGUGGAAGCUCCUCCACACGAUGAUGGCGCGCUUCCCCGAGAAUCCCACCCCCGACGACAGACUCGCUCUCAAGACGUACAUCCAGCUCUUCGGCCGCCUUUACCCCUGCGGCGAGUGCGCUUCACACUUCCGCACACUGCUGGCAAAGUACCCGCCCCAGACGAGCAGCCGGAACGCUGCCGCCGGCUGGGCCUGCUUUGUCCACAACGAGGUCAACACGCGCUUGAAGAAGGAGCAGUUUGACUGUAGCAAGAUUGGUGACUUCUACGACUGCGGCUGCGGCGAUGAGGACAAGAAGAAGAAGGAGCCCGAGGAGAAGCCCAGCUUGGAGCUGGAGAGGGAUGGUCUGACAAAGGGGGGUUAAGAUAACGGUACUUUGGGCCGACCGGGAAGCGUACUUUGCAUAUUUUCGACGUAUCAGCGCUGUAACAUAUCACACAACUAGAAGACUUGUAUGAAGACGGAUUUAUCUCUGGGCCGGUGGUGUGGAGGACGACCGGGCCCGACGACCAGAACCUAGCCGAAACUGUGAUGCUGGAACCACUGCACUCGCGAUGGCAUGGU